AUCACGGAGCAUCCGCCGUCUCUGCGCAGCUGCAUGUAUCAGAAGCAGCACGGCCGGCCUAACAUCGGAGCUAUGGCCGACGACGGAGCUCCAUCCACGGCCUGCACAGGCUCCAGCCUUCUGCAGCCGCUCAGUGAGCUCACCGACCUGCCGCUGGACCAGGUGAACUUCGUGGCGUGCCAGCUCUGCGCUCUGAUCUCUGCCUUCUGGUUUCGUCUCUUCCUUCAUCCCAGUAAGACCAGUCCCGUCAUCCGGCACGCGGUGGCCACGCUGCUGGGACUCUACUUCGCCAUGUUCUGCUUUGGCUGGUAUGCUCUCCACUUCCUGGUUCAGAGCGGACUCGCCUAUGGCAUCAUGAUCCUCACUGGAGUCGAACACAUGCACAAGUACUGCCUAGUAGUGGCGCUCACAUACCUGAGCCUGUGUCAGAUCACUCGAGUGUACGUCUUUGACUACGGCAUGUACACCGCCGAUUUCACAGGCCCCAUGAUGGUCAUCACUCAGAAGAUCACCAGCCUGGCAUUUGAGAUCCAUGACGGAAUGGCUCGGAAGGAGGAACAUCUGACGGCGGGACAGAAGAUUCUGGCAAUAAGGAGAAUGCCCAGUCUGCUGGAGUACUUCAGCUACAACUGUAACUUCAUGGGGAUCCUGGCUGGCCCCACCUGCUCCUACAACGACUACAUCGGCUUCAUCGAGGGAGACCCUCAAUGCCACAGAGACUCCAAGGAUGAAAGGAAGUCCAGCAGCAAGCUGAGGCAGAGCGAGCCCUCCCCAAACAUGGAGGUCGUACAUAAGGUCACCACCUCCUUCUUCUGCCUGCUGGUGUUUCUGUCGGUGUGUAAGGUUUUCCCAGUGGAGCGAAACAUCGACGAUGACUUCAUCGCCAACACGCCUUUUUAUGCUCAAGUGGUCUAUCUGUACCUGUCCAUGCUGACUACCAGACCCAAGUACUACUUUGUCUGGACACUUGCUGACGCCAUCAACAACGCCGCCGGCUUUGGGUUCAAUGGUUACGACAGCGACGGCUCUGCUCGCUGGGACCUCAUCUCCAAUCUGAGGAUCCUGAAGAUCGAGUUUGCCACCAGCUUCAAAGUUUUCCUGGACAACUGGAACAUUCAGACAGCACACUGGCUAAAAAGGGUGUGUUAUGAGCGAUGUCCCUACCAUCCAACAGCAGCCACUUUCAUCCUGUCAGCCAUGUGGCACGGAGCCUAUCCAGGAUAUUACCUCACCUUCCUCACAGGGAUCGUCAUCACGCUGGCAGCCAGAGCGGUCAGACACAACGUUCGACCAUACUUCCUGCACUCCUCCACCCACAAACUGGUCUAUGAUGUCAUCACGUGGGCAGCCACUCAAAUUGCCAUCUGCUACACAGUGAUACCUUUUGUCCUGCUGUCUGUGGGUCCAUCCAUGAAGUUCUACAGUUCCUGGUACUUUAGCCUCCACAUCGGCUGCAUUCUGGUUGCAUUCUUGCUGCCCGUCAAACAGAGGAAUCUCCCUCUCAAAGACCAGCAGAAGAGCACAGUGCAGGAGUCCCUUCAGCGCCACCUAGAGGCUACAGACAGGACCUGCAGCCAGAAGGAGAAAACCACAUGAGACAGAGGACACAGAGCGAUGAUGUGACACCAUGCAUUACGUGGACGUGUACAGAAAGUGGGCAGACGGAGCUUACUGCUGGCUGGGUACAGAAACAUGUUGACGAUUACUUGGAGUCACGGGGGGUGGGUAUGGAAACAGGCCCCGUGUUGUCUUUAAAAGGAUUCGUGACUGCUCAGAUUCAGCCAGAUGUGUGGUGAUUCAUGUGUAUAAAUACAUACAGUGUAAGUUGACAUGGUGCUGCUGUGUGGGAACCGAGCUGCCCCGAACUCUCAUGAUCACCUGUGUAGUGUUUCUUUGUGGUUAAACACCUGGUGACUGCUCAUCUGCAAGGAAGAAGAACAAAGGAAGGAUGGGAAGAGCGGCUGGAUGAGUGAAGCAUGCACGAAUGGAAGUCAGGCAGGUUAAACCACAGCAUGAGAGUGUUCACAGGGGCCGAUAAAGGUCCACUCAGCAGCCUUACCUGUUUGGGUUUUUGCAGGUGUUACCUGUAGAGGGUGGCAUCACGUUUACAUUAGCAGAUGUCUGAAUCAGGUGAUUUAUGUCAUUUCAUUCCAAGCAGUCAGGUGUUUGCAGAUUUAGCUCGAAGAUGAAAUGAACUGAAAGAUCAGUAAAGGUCAUGUGAUCAUCUUUCACGUUAAAGGAGACCUAUUCAGCUAACCUGCAGCUCUACUCAGCUGGAUUAUCCUCCUGUGAUUCAAAAAUAAUUUUUAAAAAAAAACCUUACUUUAUUUAACUCUGGCUUCUCAGCUCAAUAAAUACUUUUAGCUCCUCUCUCUUUAAAGUUAUCCUUCUUUAAAAUUCCACUUCCUUCUGAUUGGCCAGCUUCUGGAAACCUGCUGAGGGGCAGCACUCAGUGCCUGUAAGCUGUGCUGCCCUCAGGCGAUGACCACGUAAAGAAAUCUAAUGUAAUGACAAAAAUAUAGAACAGUGUUGAAGCUGAGUGCUAAGAGCAGGCUUGAGACUAGAUUACUUUACAUUGGGUUACUUUAGAUUACUCUGGAUUAUGUUCACAUGCUAGUGUUAUUACUUUGACCUUGGGCCAUGUUUCGCAUGAACACAUGCUAAUAUUAUGUAAGAAAAUAAAGAAAGUGCUUCGGGUUGGGUUCAUCGUGGUUCUGUAGCCCGGUCUUCGGAUCCAGGAGGACGUCCCAGCGGGAGCAUUUACUGCUGUGUGUUUUUGUAAACUGAAGAAAGCACAUUUCUGUUUCCUGUUGCCAUAUUUGUAUCGUCAGUGUUGUUCCUGGGUGGAGAUGUUCUGGGACACAGACACCUCUCUCUGGGCUUCAUGGUUUUGUAAAUGAUGUGAUUAAAGCUGAUUUUUGACACCUGA